CCCCCCACCGCACCAUGGCUUCCAUGCAGCAGCGAAAGGCCGAGAUCCUGGCCAAACGGGCCAAACUCGCUGAACUCAAGCGCCAGCGGGAGCUGCGCCAGAAGGAGUUCUCCCAAACGCGCGCCAACACGGGGGAUGCGUCUGAGAUCGUGUCGCCUGUUCCCAGCCGGUCUGAUAGCAGAGCAGAGCUCGAUGACCUGAUUUCCCGUCUCGUGGAUCGGCCCGGGUCGGCCUCCGUGAGCCACGCCGACGGCCCCUCGCGAAAAGGAAGCCGACCUAAUUCCGUGCUGAGUGCCAGUCAACUCAGCGGCGAUAACACCGAAGCGUUCAGCCCGCCUACGCGACCCGUUUCUCAAUCAAUUGCGGUCCAGACGGUCGGAGCCGAGCCCUAUCCGUCCGGCCCUGAAGCGCCGCCGCCCCCUGAACCUAAACCGGAGAUCGUCACCUACAGCAAAGGUGUGCAGACGGAUGACUUGAAGCAGUAUCCGCAAGAUGCUUCGGCGGCAGAGUCGGAAGAGGAGGAUCUCCAGGACCCCGCGGGUUCUGGCAAACGGCUGAGCAAAAAAGAGCGCGAGCGGGACGAGGAGAUUCGCAAGAAGCUUCGUAAGGAGAUCGAGGAUGAAAUCCAGGCCACCCAGCAACAACCCCAAGAGAACGUCGCUUCUGAAGCCUCUCAUUUGCGUUAUCCCUUGCGCAUGCUUGAGGAGGACGAACUCAAGGCUGUCACUUCUUCCGACGAUUUCCUGGACUUUGUGGAGCGGUCCGCAAAGGUCAUCGAGCGAGCGCUGGACGAAGAAUACGACGUACUAGCAGACUACGAGCUUGGGGGGGUCGAUGGCGAGCUGGAGGAUGAUGAUGAACAUGGGAAGAAAAGGAGAGGCAUCAAAGAAGUUUGCCAGUUCUGGGAUGAGCGAUGGAGUAAGAAACGUAUGAUCAGCGACAUCAGCUUCUCUCCAAAGUUUCCAGAGCUUGUUCUAGCUGCAUACACCAAAAACCCUUCUGCGCCCCAUGAGCCAGACGGUCUGGUCCAGGUUUGGAACCAACAUCUCCACUCUCGGCCGGAGUACGUUUUUCAUUCUACCUCCGAUAUUCUGGCCGCCAAGUUCUCCCCCUUUCACCCCAAUCUCAUUGUUGGUGGCUCUUACUCCGGCCAAGUCUUGCUCUGGGAUACCCGAUCGUCACGCGCUGGCGGAGGUGCACCAGUACAAAAGACACCGUUGACCGGGUCUGGACACACCCAUCCGGUCUACAGCAUCUCAAUUAUCGGCACACAGAAUGCCCACAAUAUCUUGACAGCGUCCACCGACGGUGUGGUUUGCGGCUGGACAGUUGACAUGCUUUCCCAGCCUCAGGAAUACCUCGAGCUGUCCACACCGCCACCCUCAAAAACCGAAGACCUCGCGCCCACCACCAUGUCAUUCCCGCAAUCUGAUCCGACGUUCUUUAUUGUAGGUACAGAAGAAGGAGGCAUCUAUCCAUGCCAUCGGUAUGAUCGAGCAGGCGCAAAGGCGGGUACAGACCACCGUCUCGCCUACCGCGGCCACGCGGCCCCCAUCAUGUCAACCGCUUUCCACCCGGCCCGCGGGCCCGUCGAUCUCGGCGACUUGAUGCUGAGCUCGAGCUUGGACUGGAGCGUUAAACUGUGGCGUGUCCGCCCACCGGCGACGACUGCGCCCGCCACUUCGGCUACUGCGCAGGUUGUCACGCCCAUCCUCGAUAUCAACCGGGAAGAUGUGGUGUACGACGCACGGUGGUCUCCUCAUCGCCCGGGGGUGUUCUCUCUCGUCGAUGGUGCUGGGCACCUCGAGGUCUGGGAUCUCUACACGGACAGCGAGGUCCCGGUCGUGCGAACGUCACCCUCCAAGGGCCGCGGGGGAAUUCUGACGCAGAGUCUCAACAAGGUUGCAUGGGAGGAACGUGAAGGCAAGCGUAUCGCCACUGGCGGUCUAGACGGUGUCGUCACGGUCUUCGAAGUCGGAAAGGGUCUCAGUGGUACUCCUGAGGAUGUACCGGCCGAGGAGUGGGCGGGAAUGAAGCGGUUGGUUGGGAAGUUGGAGCAGAAUGAUCGAAUGAACUGAAUUAGCCCGAGGUACUACCGGGACCUUCGUACUCGAUUCAAUUCUGCUCCAGUAUGUAUCAACAAUUUUUUGAGUGGCGCCUUUAUUUAACUUAUCAUAUACCCCGUGGGCACCUCGUUGAUGUGUGUAUGCAUUUAUGUAGUGCAAGCAAGACCUAGCAGACAG